GUGACGGAGAGAGAAACAAAGAAGUGGAAAGAAAGAGAGAAGAAUUGGGUUGGUUUAGUAAGAGCAGCAGCUGGAGGAGGAAUCCAAAGGGAUCGCAUUGAUCCUAACUCAUCAUCAUUUACUCUAUUUUGUUUGGAUCAUGCAUUCCCUUUGGAUUUAUCCUUCAUUUGCUUUUUUAUUCUUUCAUUAAUUCAUCCCCAAAUCUUCAAAUAUUAUCAAUAUUAUAUAUGUUUAUAUAUUUAUAUAUAUUCACACAUGAUUUUAUUAUUCCUUUGAUGACCUUGAUCACAACAAUUUUCUUCAACCAAAUUCAAUUUUGUCAUCAGGUUUUGACUCUUGGACAACCACCACCCACCGUGGUGGCCACCAGCAGCCUCUCCGUGGUGGUCGGAACCACCACAGCCCUCAAUUCCAACCGCACAGUGGUGGGUGUGGUCCUCACUCUCAGCAGCCCAUUGGAGUUACUUCCUACAACCUUUAAGCUAUUGGCCCAACUGGAGAAGGCCCACCUUAGUUCCCUCCUUGCUCUUAUCCUACAUGGGCUGGUUGGCAUUCUUUAUCUUGGGUCCAGCUUCUACAUUCAUUCCCUACACUGCACCAAUAGCCCAAAUCAGAUUCUGGGUUUGGAAUCGUAGCCCACGCCCUACGCAAGGUUUUUGUUCUGGUUCUUCAUCAUCUAUGGGGUAUUUUCCUACCAAUAUUGAUCAAGCCAUGCAUUCUUUCCCCUUAUCUUCUCCGGAAGAGUAAUAUUACAUGGAUACCGGUGCUACUUCACAUAUGACUCGAUCUUAAGAAGUUUAUACCAAGGCCCAAGGGAGUGUAUAUUCCAAAUUUCAGUUAAUUGCAAUUUCUUGCAUGCAACUUAAAAAAAAAAAAUGACUUUGAAGAAAUUUACCAAGGUACGUAACUUCUAAGUAAUUAGAAAUUUAAAUUGAAAUUUAAUUUGGUGUCAAUCGAACGAGCUACUUAGGAGUAAGUAGCAUAAGUUAGUAACUGUUAUAAAUAUUUUAAUUUAAUUUAUUUUUGUUUUAAAAUAAAUUAUUAAAUAUAGACAAUAUUAAGAGUUUGUUUGGCUCUCCUCAAAAAAAAAAAAAAAAAAAACAAUAGUUUGUUUUGCUAAUAGCAACUAGCAUAUGAAUUUGAACAUUCUAUAAAGUAUGAAGUGUCGGAAUAGAUUGCAUUUGUUUAGUAAUCAACAUAGGAAUUUUAAAAUUUCAAGAAAAAUUAAUUCCUACUACUAAUAAGAAUUUAAUCACCUCGGUUUUCCUUAGCAAUUAUAAAUAAAACAAGUAAAACAACCCAAAUCAUUAGAACAACUUUAAAAAACAAGUAUAAAUUGUUUAUCCAAAAGACGUAAUAGAUAUAUGGCGUAAAUAGUGCAAUUAAUACAAAUUAAAGAGAAAAUAAAAAUAUAAACUUUUAAUUUUAAAGUCGUCUUUUCAAAAGAGAGAGUAGCUGAAAACGAGUGAAUAUUUAAUUAAUUAGCUAGUCUCUUAAGAGUCAUCUCUUAAGCUCAAUCCAUUAAAGAUUAAUGUCUACUUAACGUAUUCUUAAUACCUACUUAUAUUAUCCUUAAUAUUUACUUACUAUAUCUUAAUACCUACUUUUAACAUCUUAAAUGUCUAUUUACACCAUUCUUAAUGUCUACUUAUAAUAUUUUUAAAAAUAUAUAAUAGACCAACCUAAUUAAAAAUAAUCCCUCAAAACCCCCCCCCCACCAUCAAAUAAAGUUGUGUUAUCAAUAAAUGAAAAAGACCGAAGAGUUGGGAAUUUUCCUUAAAAAUACCGCCUUUUCAUUAGAAUAACAAAUAACCUAACGGAUUUGAAACCCAUAAAAACUCCCCAGCUUUCUCUCUCUUCAAUACUCCGUUGCAGUUACCUACGGUUAGAGUGAGAGGGAAAACCCAAAUAAAUACUAGAAAAAAAUGUCUGACCAACCGAUGACUACCGAAGACCCUAUCGACCUUGUCCUUCCCGACGCCGUAACAAUUGCCGUUGAAGGCGAUGAAACCGCCGUCACACAGCCAAAGUGUCGAGUGCGGGGCCCAUGGUCGCCGGAAGAAGACGGCAUACUUAGCGAACUUGUAAGUAAAUUCGGGGCCCGUAAUUGGAGCCUAAUUGCUCGUGGAAUUCCGGGUCGCUCCGGUAAGUCUUGUCGUCUCCGUUGGUGUAAUCAGCUCGAUCCUUGCGUCAAACGCAAACCUUUUUCCGAAGAAGAAGACCAGAUUAUCAUCACGGCACACGCAAUUCAUGGAAACAAAUGGGCCUGCAUUGCAAAACUUCUUCCGGGAAGAACAGAUAAUGCUAUUAAGAACCAUUGGAAUUCAACUCUGCGGCGAAGAUAUGAUUUUGUGAAGUCACCAGGAGAGGGAAGCACUGAUAGAAUCAAGGAUUCCUCAGAAGAAACUAUUUCAGGAGAAGCCACUUCAUUAAAGGCAGUUAGUGGAAGACAAGAUGUAAGUACGAGGGAUAACCAAUGCCAACAAUCAGAAUACCAUGCUUCAAACACCGAUAAUUUACCACAAUCAACACAACCUGAAAUCGUACCUUUAAAUAUGCAUCCAAAUCACCACUUCGUAGUAGCACAUCCACCAGUUUUUAAUCAUUUUAUUGGACCUACACCCAUAGAACCUCCUACUCUUACACGCCCAGUUGCGCGCAUCGGAGCUUUUAAUGUUUAUCAACCCGACUCUGACUUAACACCUGCUGCUCCACCUCGAAGGCCUGUACCUGUGUGCGGUCCUUUGGUGAAUGCCUUCCCUGACUUUGGAAUCUCCAAGUUUGUCGAAGGAGUCCAAUGCGAGCCCAUUAUUCCAUCGAGAUGUGGCCAUGGAUGCUGCUCUACUCCAACUGGGUUUAAAUCCGGAACCUCAUUUUUGGGACCCGAAUUCAUUGAAUAUGAAGAGCCUCCUUCCUUCUCCAGCCAUGAGCUGGCCUCAAUAGCUACUGAUUUAAACAAUAUAGCAUGGAUAAAAAGUGGAUUAGAUAGCGGAUGUGCCAGAAGAACAGAGUACCCGCUUCAGAGAAGAGAUUCUCAAGGAGCUGAUUACUCAAGGCAAUGCACACAGAAGACAGAUAAUGUGCGUUUCGAGGAAGGACGGACUAAGCUGAUGGGUAUGAUGACAGAAUUGAUUUCAACUUAGAUCCUGAGGUAAACAGUCACAUUUUCUGCUGAAGUUGGGUUUUGAACUUCCACAUUAUCAUUUUCACCAUCAUCUGGCGAUCCUUUAGAUCGCGCUGAUUAUUCGACACAGGAAUUAGAGGUUUUUAGGUUUUGUGGAAUGUGGUUGAUUUGUCAUUAAAUUACAUGCUAAACAUGUAAUGGCGAGAUUUGUGCAGUAAAAAUGAUGAUGACUGAUGAGGCAUUGAGAAUCCUUUUUCUUAUCUAUAGUUAUGCUGGUAUACAAAGGGAUGCAAUUGCAACUGUUACGUCAUGUUUUGGAUCUCAAAUUUUGAACAACUAUUUCUGUAAGAGACCGUUUAAGAUAAUUUUAAAAUAAAAAGUCUACAUACUCAUACUUUAUAUCA